AUGGACCUAAGAAAUUAUACUUUGCUACAGGGGUUUAUUCUGCUUGGCUUCUCUGACCAUCCCAAACUGGAGAUGGUCCUGUCAGCAGUUGUCACUCUCUUCUACUUAAUUACUUUGAUUGGUAACACAGCCAUCAUUCUCGCAUCCCUCCUGGAUCCCCAUCUCCACACACCAAUGUAUUUUUUCCUCAGGAAUUUAUCCUUCCUGGAUCUAUGUUUCACAACUAGCAUCAUCCCCCAGAUGCUAGUUAACUUGUGGGGACAUGAUAAGACCAUCAGCUAUGUGGGCUGUGUCAUUCAGCUCUAUCUUUACAUGUGGUUUGGCUCCAUUGAGUGCCUUCUCCUAGCUGUUAUGUCCUAUGAUCGUUUUACAGCUAUUUGUAAGCCCUUGCAUUAUUUGGUAAUCAUGAACCCACAUUUGUGCUUCAAGAUGACUACCAUGGUCUGGAGUAUCAGUUUGGCCAAUUCAGUUGUAUUAUGUACACUCACCCUGAAUUUGCCUAGAUGUGGAAACAACCUUCUGGAUCAUUUCUUGUGUGAGUUGCCAGCUAUGGUCAAGAUAGCUUGCAUAGACACCACAGCAGUUGAAAUGUCUGUUUUUGCUUUAGGCAUUGUCAUCGUCCUUACACCCCUCAUCCUUAUUCUUAUAUCCUAUGGUUACAUUGCCAAAGCUGUGCUGAGAAUGAAGUCAAAAGCAGGCCAACGAAAAGCAGUUAAUACCUGUGGAUCUCAUCUCACUGUGGUGUCCAUCUUCUAUGGAACUAUUAUCUACAUGUACCUACAACCAGGUAACAGUGCCUCCAAAGACCAGGGCAAGUUCCUCACCCUCUUUUACACCAUCAUCACUCCAAGUCUCAACCCUCUUAUUUACACCUUAAGGAAUAAAGACAUGAAAGAUGCACUGAAGAAGCUGAUGAGAGUUGACCACAAAUCUACAAAAUCGAAGAGGAACUAG